GGAAAUGAUCUAAAGAUGGUGAUUCGACUGAUUAAGCAUGAUCUCAGAAUAAAUGCAGGGGCCAAACACAUACUAGAUGCCCUUGACCCAAAUGCGUAUGCAGCAUUCCAGGCUUCACGUGACCUUCGUGAUGUGGUGGAGAGGGUCAUUGAGAACAAAGGAAAUGGUGAAAAACCUGGUCUAGGCAAGAAACUGUCCGUGAGAGCUUCAUUAAUGACUCCUGUAUUACCCAUGCUGGCAGAGGCAUGUAGAUCAGUGGGCCAGGCCAUGAAGAAAUGUCCCAAUGGUUUCUACGCUGAGAUUAAGUAUGACGGAGAGAGGGUACAACUUCACAAGAAAGGAUCCGACUUCCAAUACUUCAGUAGAAGUCUUAAACCUGUACUACCACAUAAGGUUUCACAUUUCAAAGAAUUUAUUCCUAAAGCGUUUCCAUCUGGGGAUGAUCUUAUACUUGAUGCUGAAGUUCUUCUUAUCGACACAAACACUGGCAUACCUCUACCAUUUGGCACCCUUGGUAAACAUAAAAAAGAACAGUUUAAAGAAGCCAAUGUUUGUUUAUUCAUAUUUGACUGCCUUCAUCUGAAUGGAGAAAAUAUUAUGGACAGACCAAUUAAAGAAAGGAGAAAAAUUCUUCAGAAGGAGAUGAUUGAAAUACCAAACAGAAUUUUGUUCUCCGAAAUGAAACAUAUUACAGAGGAAGAUGAUCUCACGGAUAUGAUGACACGGGUGUUUCAGGAAGGUCUGGAAGGUCUUGUACUUAAAGAUGUUAACAGUAUUUAUGAACCUGGAAAGCGUCAUUGGUUGAAGAUAAAGAAGGAUUAUUUAAAUGAAGGACAGAUGGCUGACUCAGCAGAUUUAGUUGUUCUUGGAGCGUUUUAUGGAACUGGCAAUAAAGGUGGGAUGAUGUCUGUAUUUCUAAUGGGGUCACAUGACCCAAACACUGACCAAUGGUGUACAGUGACCAAAGUAGGGAAUGGGUUUGAUGAUGCCACUUUAGAAAAACUACAAAAAGAGCUCAAGAUGGUGAAAAUCAGCAAGAAUUCUAGCAAGGUCCCAGAUUGGCUUAAUGUGAAGAAGAAUAUGAUACCAGAUUUUGUGUCGGCUGACCCAAAAAGUGCACCUGUCUGGGAGAUUUCAGGAGCGGAAUUUAGUAAAGCAGAGGUUCAUACAGCAGAUGGUAUAUCUAUAAGAUUUCCACGUGUAACGAAGGUUAGAGAUGAUAAAUCAUGGAAGGAAGCCACUGAUUUACCAAGACUUAAGGAUUUGUUCAAGAAGUCAAAAGACACAUCAGACAUUGUUAUCCCAGGAACAAAGAAGGGUAAAGGGCCCGGCAAAUCUCCUGCUAAGAAAGGCAAAUCUUCAAGUGGCAGUGAUACAGAUGUGAAUGAUGAUAGUGAUGCAAACAGCAAUGCAACUCCUGUGAAAUCCAAAAGUACAUCAGUGUCAUCUACACCUGGGAAGUCUUCAACACCUGGUGGGACUGUUGGAAUAGCCAAAUACUUUUCGCCAAAAAAGGAACAAAAUUCUCCAUCCAAAGCAAUCAAGCGGACCAAUGAGAAUGGAAAUGAAUCAAGUCCAGCUAAGAAAUCUAAACCUGAAUGUAAAUAUGGUGCAGAUUGUUACCAGAAGAAUCCAGACCACCUAACUAAUUUCUACCAUCCACCAAAAGUACAGCAAACAUCUAACGGGGCACUUCCCAACAUCUUUACAGGAGCUAAGAUUUUUAUUCCAAGUGAUUUGAGGGAUUUCAAGAAACUUAGAAGAUAUGUGAUAGCAUUUGAUGGAGAAGUUGUUCCAGAGUUCAGCAAAACAACUGCCACACAUUCUGUGGUGCCAAGUGAUUAUUCCGGUCCUGGAGAAAAGUGUGAAGGUGUGUGUAUAAGAGACUCAUGGUUGUGGAAGUGUAUUAAAACAAAAUGUUUGCAACCAACAGAAUCUUUUGUGAUUGGAACUUGAUUGUUAUAUUGCAUCAUCUAAAUAUUGUAGACAUUUAUGUUAAACUAGCAAUCUUAACAUUUUUAUUUGAAGUCUAUUUUGUUAUACAUAAUCUGUUAAAAAAAGUGAACAUUUAAGUUGCACAUGUCUAGAUAGUGAACACAUUUUCAAAAAAACCCAAAAAACUUACAUUUUUAAUUUUGAUAGUUUUAGAAAUAUACAUUUGGAAGUUAGGGACUGCUUGUUUUUUGUGCACAGUAUGAGAGAAUUUACUAUAUUUAUACAUAUUUUUUGUACCCUGUGCUUUGUAAUAUAGUAAAGACUAGGGGUGUCAAGGUUAGCAAAUAUGUUAACCAUUUAAAUGGCAACAUGAUAACUGAGUUAAAUGUUUAACUGCCCGUACAAAAAGAACUCUUAGAUUGUGAACAUUAACUUUGUUUUUUUAUGAUAAGAUAUGACAUUUAGUUUGUAUUAUGUUGUACUCAUCUAAUUAAAGUGUUUUUUUUCUGCUACGGCCGUACUGUACACAAUAAGAUAGCAUGCGAUUGAGAAAGAAAACAACAGGUAUGCACUUCAUUUACAAACAAAAAGUCACAUCUUGUCAUAGUUAAAGAAAGGUGAUAUAAACUCAUUCUUAAACUUCUUUGCUAUUGGUCUAAUAUACUAACCUGGGAUUCCAGUAACUGAAUUUUCUAAUCAAAACCAACCAAACCUGUUUAAAAGGAUAAAUGUGACAUCUCUAGUAAGGACUUUAUCUGCAUUUUUUAACAAUAUGUUCAUUUUAUUUCUGUAAGUAUUAAGUGCCUUUUGCUAUGUUUAACUCUUCUUUUUUUGUGCACAUGAUGAUAUAUAUUGUCGGGCAUGUGUAGCCAAGUGGUUAAGGUCACUGACUUCAAACUACUCGCCCCUCACCACUGUAGGUUCACAUCCUGCCAGUCACUUCAGAUUCUUUCAUGUCAGGAAGCUAUCCUAGCUUAUGGAAAGUCUGUGGUUCUACUCGGGUGCCAGUCUGUGCCUGAAAUAAUGCACAGAGGUGUGUCUGAGGUAAUCCCUAGCCAGUAGUUGCCCUCUACUAAGACCUCUACCUUGUUCGUAGAACGCAAAACCCAACAACAAAACAAAAAAACAUUAAAAUAAAACCCAACAAGAAAACUUGUGAUAUUAGCAUGAAUGUUCAACAAAGUGAGGUACAGUGUUGUACACAAAAUUGUGGUCCCUUUGGCCAAUGUCAAGGUUACAUGUAGAGGUCAAAUGGUCAGAUAGAACGUAAAAAUGUUUGUGAUGAUUAUUUAGUCAUUGUGAAUUGUGGGAUUUAAUUUAUAAAUGUUCACAGUUAUGAGACUGAACAUUUGUGUCUGGCAUAUUUUGUGACAACGUAGCACUUUUGUUAUAAAUGAGACUAUUUUUUAAUUUUCGUUGAAUCUGGAAAUGUGCUUCUUUAACCUUGACAUUUAUAACUCCUUAUUCAUAAAUCACUUAGAAUUGAAGGAAAUUUGACGACUGUUGAAUGAAUGAAAUUAAGUUAAAUAAAUAUUUUUGUUGGUAUACAUUUUAUACAAAAACCAAGACAUAAAAUUUAUACAUUAACAUGCUUUUUAUUCAUAUACAUGAUUUGUUUCUUUAGACAUGUUGUUUUCUUUAUUCACUUAGGCAGCUUUGUUUUGAAUUGUUAUUUUCAGUCAUUGUUUUUGUUGUUUAUAUAUAGAUGUCAAUGUAGUUUUCUAAAUGUUUUGAGUUUGUUUUUUGUAUUUCUUAAACCAUUAUCAUGCUUAAUUUGUAUGUUGGGCAUGCUUUGGAUUAUUUUAACUGCUGAUUACUGAUAUUAGUAGUUUUAAAGCUGCAUGCCACCAGCUGAGUCAAAAUCAUUCAAGAAAUUCAAACUUGAGAAAGAUAGACUUAGAGUUUAAGAAAAGUAAAAAAAUAUAUUAUAAGAUUCAAGUAAUAAUUUACAUGUUAUGUGUGAUUUAUGACUGAUUUUGCAGUAUUUAUCACCAUAUUUCUACUGCAUGACUACAGGCUAUUAUUGCAUAUAUUUACCCCUUUUUGGGGGGCGUCCGUGGAUGAGUGGUUAAGGUCGUUGACUUCAAUCCAUAUGCCCCUCACUGCUGUGGGUUCGAAUCCUGACAGGGACUUGGAUUCUUUCAUGUGAGAGCUAGCUUACGGAUUGUGUUGGUUCUACUCAGGUGCACAUUUGUGCCUGAAAUAAUGCACAGAAGGGCACCUGAGGUCUUCCUCUACCAGUAAAGCUGGAACAUCGCCAUAUGACCUAUACUGUGUCGAUGCUGUGUCGGUGUAACAUAAAACCCAAUCAAACAAACAAACAAAACCCGUUUUAGGUAAUUUAUUGUGUGAAUUGUAAGUGCUGUUUGCAAUGUGUAAAUUACAUUCUGUAUUCACUUUAGAAUAUUUCACUAUUGAAUACAUUUGCCAAAUUUUCAUGAAAAUUAGCAUGAAUCUGGAGGCAUGCUGCGUUAAGUACAAUUUUCUAAAAAAGAUACUAAGUAUUCAAUAGUCAUAUCUUGUCAGAGUGCAUGGAUGUGCAAGCUGAUGUCGUGGCAUAGGCAGGUCCACAUUACUUAUACUAAAGGGUUCAGCAUAUAUGCAACAUUUGGUUAAGGCAGUAAUGCAGCAUUUGGAUAAGUAAGCAUGAAUUAUUUGGUUAAGUUAGCUUACAAUAUUUGGUUAAGUGUGUUUGGGAUAUUUGAAUAAAUAAGCAUGCAAUAUUUGGUUAAGCCUUCAAUAUUUGACUAGGUAUGCAUGUGAUUUUUGGUUAAGUAAGUUUGCACUAUUUGGUUAAGUAAGCAUGCAGCAUUUGGCUAGGUAGUUAAGCAAGAUUUAAUUAAGUAUGUUUGAAACAUUUGGUUAAGUUAGUAUGCAACAUUUGGUUUUAUAAGCCAGCAAUAUUAGGUGAAUUAGGCAUGUAGUGUUUUGUUCUUGUCUCAAGUAUAAUCUUUCAAAAAGUGACUUAUUCAUUUGUCAUGUUGAUUAACAUUAAUUUAGUGGAUGCAAGUGAUUAAAGUAAAUACUACUAAUUUUAAGUGCCAUUUUGAGAUUCAUUCCACUUAUGUUUUAUUUUCUUUAUUUUUGUCUCUCAAUGAUUAUGAUGAUUUAUCACGACUUUGAUAAUAUUAUUAUGUGAAUUGUCAUACUACAGUCAAACCUGUGAACAGCAGCCACUGAAGGAAAAGACGGUAAUAGUAGCUGAGGUUCACAGACUGGCUGCUCUUUACAGUAUGCUCUGUAUAGUAUUUCUUGCAACCAGUCUGUUAUAUGCUUGUUUUAUACUUUCCUAUUAUGUGAAUAUUUCUUUUGGCAUCACUCAGAAUUUGAUAAUUACUGAUUUACAAGGCCUAACUCUAUAGCAAUUUGUAGUAAUCUAAUCAUAACAGAUCCUGCACAAUAGUAUUAGAUACUCAAAAUAUUGGCACUAUGGAGUAAUAUUUAGGGUAGUAAACAGGUUUAGGACUUUGUUUAUUUUCAUUCUAACAUGCAAAUAGAAUAUAUAUUCAAGAAUAAUACAUGUAAUAUUUCUUUAUAUUUUGACCUUUUCGAUGCUGAAAAAUAAUAUUGUUGUUUAAUUUUACGAUACAUUAAAUCUGGUUGUUACAAAAUUUACUUCAUAUAUAAGAUUAUUGUUCCUUACAUGGUUGACAAGGAACAUGACUCUAGAAUCUUAUAUUUCAAGAAUUAUCCCUCUUUGACUUCGAAUUUUGCUUUUAGAAUUAUCUUCUUUGUUAAUGUUUUCACUUAAGACUGGCGAUAGCUUAUGUUAUCAUCACUCACAUACAUGUAUAUAGGUCCAUAACCCCAGCACCUAUAUCUCAAGAAUUAUCUCCCCUUUGACUGUAAAUUUUAUUGUUUCUUUGUUAUUGUAGGGAUUUUCUUGAAACUUUUGAUAGUAAAUAUAUUGUUAUAGUUAACAUUCCUUAUAACAAUUCUUCAAAAACUUUAUUCCAAGAAUAUAAAAAUUUCAUGUCAAAUUUUAAAUUCUAAUUAAGAUAUUUAUUGUUAAAGAUAUUACUCAAUAUUUUCUAUAGUUGUUCCUUAACCUCAUCAAUUUAAGAUAUGAAAAGGGACAUAAUUCUGGUCCCAUAUACAGUAUUCCCUCAUUUUCAUUUAAAAGUUUUAAUACUUAUAAAACCGUCAAUGGUAGAAUGUGAUCAGUCUAUUCUUGUACAAUAAGUAGUUGUUUUGAUGGCUGUACUCUAAUAUGUAUAUUGUGAUGUUUUUAUACUCAUCUCAGGUUUUCUUUGUAUAUAUUUAUGUCUGAUAUAGAAUGGAAAUAAAUGAAUGAAACCUUGUUUAAA